UCAUCAUCUCCUCCCGCAGAGUGGAGCAGCUGCAGCAUCUCUCCCUUGCAGCCCGAGCUGUAUGUCUGUGACGGCUGCUCAGCGCCGGCGGGGUUAUUUUACCGAUGCUCCUCAGCUAAUGUAACAAAUUUCAUACAACUGCUUGAAACACUAACUGAAGCAAUGGCCGCAUUUGGAGUGAUGAUACGGAUUUUACAAUACGCGGGACUUUAUUUUCAACUUAACGCAGCACUCAACGUCGAACAAGGCGAGGUGGAUAAUGGCAUCUCUGGAAAUGCUCUCUUUACAGAGGUGCCACAUGACAUCACAACAAAGAGCGGCGAGGAUGUAGAGAUGGCAUGCUCCUUCCGUGGGGCAGGCGCUCCUUCCUACGCGCUGGAGAUCCAGUGGUGGUACAUCAAGGACAACAGAGGCCGGCAAGGGAAGCCUGCUCGGAUCACUAAUAAUGAUGCACCCCUGGAGGAAAAUUCCAAAGACGCCUCCAAAAUUAGUGUGGUAAAAGUAGCCGGCAGCAACAUCUCCCACAAGCUGCGUCUCUCCAGCGUCAAGCCGUCAGACGAGGGCACGUAUGAGUGUCGCGUCAUCGACUUCAGCGUCACUGUGGCGCAGCAACACCGAGUCCGCGCCCACCUCCAGGUGGAGCCCGAGAGGAGCCCGGGACGGGAGGGCUCCGCGCUGCAGGAGCCAGGACAGCGUUCACAGGGGAGCCAUCCCCACGCCCGCCACCAGGCAGAGGAGGGGACGAGGCGACCGGACUGUAAGGAGGGCUGUGUGCUGUAGAGCUGCAUGUCCAUGAGUGGAGGCCUCGGACAUAACUGUGCGCUGUGUGUUUCACUAGUAUAUCAAGGUGUAGCUCUAAUAUUGCUUUUUGGAUGCCAGUGCCGUUGAGAGGCACAAUAUAUGACUUUGUUGCUUUGUCUAGCUGUACUUUCUCCCUUUUUUAUUACUCAUUGAAUUUAAAAGGGACCAUGUACAGUUCUAGCUAAUUCGCAUUAGGUUAAUGUUAAUGUGACAGUUAGGCAGCAAUCACAGAUAACUUUGGUGUAGUUUUUUUGUCUCACUUUUUUUUUUUUAUUCUCACAAAGUUGAAAAACAGUCAACAGAGAGACAGACUUAUUAGAGCCGGAGAAACAAAGUAAACCAUUCUCUUUAAUAUUAACCCCUUUUAUUGUUUUACCAAAUAAUUUGCAAAAAGCAGCAGUUUAUUUUCAUUCACCUGAAAACAUUUUAAAUUGCAUUUCAUUAAUGUAAUUUUUGUAAGUGUUAUUGUUUGGUAUCUGCUCUGUCCAAUACAUCCCUUUGAAAUCA